CACUUUUUUUGUACUCAUCAUUAUACUCAUCAUCAUUUUAUGACAAACCAAUUUUGUCAAUAUAUUUCUUGAGAUAUUUUUAAAAAAUUAUUUUGGUUGGAUAUGGAGAUAGAGGUGACAAGUAGUAGUAGUGAUAUUGAAAGAGGUGUAAUCCAUAGUCAAGGUGUUGCAUAUUUAGUAUGGGAAGAUUUAACAGUAAUGUUGCCAAAUUUUGGACAAGGACCAACUAAGAAGUUGUUACAUGGAUUAAGUGGUUAUGCUGAACCUGGUAGAAUUAUGGCUAUUAUGGGUCCUUCUGGUUCUGGAAAAUCUACACUUCUUGAUACGUUAGCAGGUAGACUGUCGACUAAUGUCGUAAUGACUGGAAAUAUCCUUCUCAAUGGGAAGAAGAGGAGGUUGGACUAUGGUGUUGUUGCUUAUGUUACUCAAGAGGAUACACUGUUGGGAACUCUAACACCUAGAGAAACAAUAAUGUAUUCAGCACAUCUUCGACUUCCAACAAGCAUGACGAAAGAAGAGGUAGACGAUAUUGUGGAGGGAACAAUAAUGGAAAUGGGGCUAGGAGAUUGUGCUGAUAGGCUGGUAGGAAAUUGGCAAGUAAGAGGAAUAAGUGGUGGGGAGAAAAAGAGAUUGAGCAUUGCACUUGAAAUCCUUGUACGACCUCGUAUACUUUUUCUUGAUGAACCUACCACUGGUCUUGACAGUGCCUCAGCAUUCUUUGUUGUUCAAGCUCUUAAGAAUAUUUCACGCGAUGGAAGAACAGUUAUCUCGUCAAUUCAUCAGCCUAGUAGUGAAGUUUUCGCCUUGUUUGAUGACCUCUUUCUGUUGUCUGGUGGAGAGGCUGUAUAUUUUGGAGAAGCAAAAUUGGCAGUACAGUUCUUUGCUGAAUCUGGAUUUCCUUGUCCAAGUAGGAGAAAUCCAUCUGAUCAUUUCCUACGUUGUGUUAAUUCGGACUUUGAUGUCGUUACAGCCACAUUGAAAGGAUCACAAAGACUCCGGGAAACACAUAAAAGUGACUACUUAAUGAACAUGGCAACAGCAGAAAUAAAAGAACUGCUUGCAAGCAAAUAUAAGCACUCACCAUACGCAACGAGGGCCAGGUCACGGAUGCGAGAACUCUUAGCCACUCAAGGUGUUGAGAUUGAGAUAGUAAAAGGAAGUCAAGCUGGUUGGGGAAAGCAACUUUUGACAUUGACGCGGAGAUCAUUUGUAAACAUGUCAAGAGACAAGGGAUAUUAUUGGUCUCGUAUAGUAAUUUAUAUUAUUGUAGCUUUUGCCGUUGGUACCCUCUUCUAUGAUGUUGGCACCAGUUACACAGCAAUCUUGGCUCGGGGAGCUUGUGGUGGAUUUGUCACCGGCUACAUGACUUUCAUGUCCAUUGGUGGCUUUCCAUCCUUCAUAGAAGAAAUGAAGGUUUUUACCAAAGAAAGGCUUAACGGGCAUUAUGGUGUUGCAGCUUUCGUAUUAGCAAACUUCCUCUCAUCAUUUCCAUUCUUAGUUGCAGUUUCACUCCUCACUGGAACCAUCACCUAUUACAUGGUGUUUCGGGCUAGAUUCUUCCGUUAUGUGUUUUUCUGCCUAAAUCUUUUUGGUUGUAUCGCUGUUGUUGAGAGUUGCAUGAUGAUUGUAGCUUCACUUGUUCCAAACUUCUUAAUGGGAAUCAUAACAGGAGCUGGUGUGCUUGGAAUCAUGAUGAUGACUGCUGGAUUCUUCCGUUUACUGCCAGAUCUUCCCAAGCCAAUUUGGCGCUAUCCAAUUUCAUUUAUUGGAUACGGGGCAUGGGGCUUACAGGGAUCAUACAAAAAUGACAUGAUUGGACUUGUAUUUGAUCCACUAAUUCCUGGCGGAGAGAAACUAACAGGGGAAUAUGUGAUCACGAACAUGUUCAAAUUGUCGUUGGAUCACUCCAAAUGGUGGGAUUUACUUGCAUUAUACUCCCUCAUCGUGAUGUACAGGCUUCUAUUCUUUAUAAUUCUCAAGCUAAAAGAACGAGCUACACCAUUUUUCCGAUCAAUGUAUGCCAAGAGAACGAUGCACAAACUCAAAAAGCGCCCGUCAUUCAAGAGGAAACCAUCUUUAUCCUAUUCAAAAAGACAGCAUGCUCUCAGGCCAUUGUCUUCUCAAGAGGGUCUUAGUUCUCCAAUCCCAUAGAA